AUGGCUGCGACAUCUUCCUCUGCUUUCCUCCUAAAUCCGUUGACUUCUCGCCACCGUCAUUUCAACUACUCUUCUUCUCUCUCCUUAUCCUCGAGAAAGGCGGCUGCUUUCGAUUCUCUCCCUGCUGCUCUCACUCUCAAGAGACAGAGCCAGAGGUGUAACGAUGUCGUGUGCAAGGCUGUGUCUGCAAAGGUCGAAGCUGGUGUUGAAGGCCUCAAUAUCGCCGAGAAUGCUGCUCAGCUUAUUGGGAAAACUCCAAUGGUGUACUUGAACAAUAUAGUCAAGGGCUGUGUUGCAAGUGUUGCUGCUAAGCUUGAGAUCAUGGAACCAUGUUGUAGUGUCAAAGAUAGGAUUGGGUAUAGUAUGAUCACUGAUGCUGAGGAAAAAGGACUUAUAACACCUGGAAAGAGUGUUCUUGUUGAAUCUACAAGUGGAAACACAGGGAUUGGUCUUGCUUUUAUUGCUGCUUCAAAAGGAUAUAAACUUAUCUUGACGAUGCCUGCGUCCAUGAGUUUGGAAAGAAGGGUUCUUUUGAGGGCAUUUGGAGCCGAGCUUGUGUUAACUGAACCUGCAAAAGGCAUGACUGGAGCAAUUCAGAAGGCUGAAGAAAUCUUGAAAAACACUCCCGACUCCUACAUGCUCCAACAGUUUGACAACCCAGCCAAUCCCAAGAUUCAUUACGAGACUACCGGUCCUGAGAUUUGGGAAGAUACAAGAGGCAAGGUGGAUAUAUUGGUUGCGGGAAUUGGAACUGGUGGAACCAUUACUGGUGUUGGUCGUUUCAUUAAAGAAAGAAAACCUGAACUGAAGGUUAUUGGUGUUGAACCCACGGAAAGUGCCAUACUUGCUGGAGGGAAACCAGGACCUCACAAGAUUCAAGGGAUUGGAGCUGGAUUUAUUCCUAAGAAUUUGGAUCAGAGUAUUGUAGAUGAAUACAUAGCGAUUUCCAGUGAAGAAGCUAUUGAAACCGCAAAGCAACUAGCUCUACAAGAAGGCUUGCUGGUUGGUAUAUCUUCUGGAGCGGCGGCUGCUGCUGCAAUCCAGGUCGCAAAGAGACCUGAAAAUGCCGGGAAACUCAUAGCUGUUGUGUUUCCUAGCUUUGGAGAACGUUACCUCUCCACAAUGCUUUUCCAGUCGAUCAGAGAGGAGUGCGAGAAAAUGCAGCCUGAGCUUUGA